AUGGAAAGCAAGGCGUCCCACGGCGUCCCUGGGCUGCCUCUGAUGCGUCUCCUCGGCGAGACCCCCUCCACCCCCCCACCGCCAGAGACACCCCCGGACUGCGUCUCGUCCCCCUUCGGAUGCUGCGCCGACGCCCGCACCGCCGCCCACGGGGAGCACGGCGAGGGAUGCUGCCUGAGCGCCGAGUUCGGAUGCUGCCCCGAUAACCUCGGCGUGGCCGCGGGGCCCGCGUUCCAAGGUUGUGGCUGCGAAUUCAGCAUGUACGGCUGCUGUCCGGAUAAGGAGACGGUCGCCCAGGGUCCGGCCCACGAGGGGUGUGGGUGCCAGUACACGGCGCAUGGCUGCUGUCCGGAUAAGGAGACUCCUGCGGGUAGUCCGGACCAGGAGGAGGGAUGCCCGUGCCACAGCUUCCCGUUCGGAUGCUGUCCGGACGGCGUGGGCAUUGCGCGGGGGCCCACCGGCCAAGGCUGCAGCUGCCAGCACUCCCUUCACGGCUGCUGCCCCGACGGAGCGACGCCCGCCAGCGGCCCUGGCGCAGGAGGCUGCGGCUGCAAAGCCUCCCAGUUCGGCUGCUGCCCUGACGGCGUCACGGAGGCUUCCGGGAAGUUCCUCCAGGGUUGUGAGGAGGCACCGGGGGAGCUGCGGAUCCCCGGAGAGGCGUGCGGUCUACCCAAGGAACGCGGUCCAUGCGUCAACUUCACAAUUAAAUGGUUCUUCGACGUGGAGUUUGGAGACUGCAGUCGCUUCUGGUACGGGGGCUGCGAAGGGAACCUCAACCGCUUCGGCUCCCGGGAGGAGUGCGCUGCCACCUGCGUCGAUCCCGAGGGAGAGGAUGCCUGCCACCUUCCGCGCGCGACGGGGCCCUGCACCAACUCCAAGCCAUCCUGGUACCACGACACUAGCGUCGGAGCCUGCAGGCCCUUCCGGUAUAGCGGCUGCCUCGGAAACAGCAACAGGUUUGCGGACAAACAGACUUGCGAAGAACAGUGCGUGAGGACUGGUCAGGCUGCGCACUGCUUUCUGCCCCAAGACUCAGGCCCCUGCGCGGACUACCAGGCGCGCUGGUCCUACGAGAGCACAAGCGGCGUCUGCAAGCAGUUCCUCUAUGGGGGUUGCCAUGGCAACGAGAACCGCUUCGUCAGCAGGGCGAGCUGCGAGCGCCGCUGCGGGACGGCUGUGGGUCAGUGGCCGCCGCCCGCCGCCAGGCUGCGGUUUUCUUGGGACCCGUGCGAGUUGCCCCUCAUCGUGGGCCCCUGCAGUGGCAGCUUCAGGCAGUACUUCUACGACAGAGAGAGCGACGAGUGCUUCGAAUUCUCCUACGGAGGCUGUGGAGGAAACAAGAACAGGUUCGACUCCCUCCGCCUGUGCCAGCAGCGCUGCCAGAAGAGAGGGUCGCCCACGCCGACCUCGGCCCCGACGGAAGGGGUGGAAGGUGUCUCCGUCCGCCCGAGCUGCACAGACAACCCCUUCUUCGCGAAUUGCAAGACUAUCGUGCAAGGGAGAUACUGCACGAACGAGUACUACUCAAAGUUUUGUUGCAGAACCUGCACGUUAGCGGGUCAACUGCCGUUUGCCGGGGCGCCUCUGGAGUCUGGCAAGAAGCAGAUCGGCCGGUGAGAGGGAGAAGAAAGAGGGAGAGGGAAGGACAGGGAGGAAUCUUUCUUAGGAGGAACGAAUUUGCAGACAUUCCUUUUUUUUGCAAUGUUCUGUAAUUACUUGUCCGUCAUCUUUCAAGCACAUAUGAGUGACCUUCACAGUAAGACUGCUCAGUUGGCCCGACUGUCCGCGGGCGAGACGUGUGUCACCGCCCGAAGCCAGAGUUCGAGAGAGGCCUCUGAAGAUGCCGUUUCUCAACACGUCUGCAGUGUUCGAAAUCAAUCAGGCCACGCUUCCCUCUGCCGCCUUCGAAGCAGCCGUUCGAGAUCUCAGCGCCGUUUAAAGCAGCGGUGGAAAGAGCGCUCUCUUGGGCCAAAGACAUCCUACGCCCUACGUAAAGGGCUCUUUCAUAUUCUGAUUUUGGAAACUAUUCUUCUACUGCAGCAAAGUUCUGUCAUAAGAAUUUCGACUUCACGAUUUCCCUUUCUCCCUGAGGAACAAGUGCUGAAAUGACCAAUACUAGAAUUCCAAAGUAUUUCUUCCUGUGCCAAAAGGUGGCUAAUCCUAAAAUUUCUGUUUUUUGGUCAACGUGAAUUAUUGUUAGAUUUUUUUUCUUCUUCUUUUUAAGGAUCUAGAGGAAAUUCAUUUGAAUCUAAUUUACACAAGUUAGUGUAUGUGUGUG